AUGGACGCCGAACGUGAAAUGCGCAAAUUCUCAGUCGCAUCCUCCAAACAAGCCCAAGUGCAAGAUUCAUCAAAACGCAUUUCAAUGGACGUAGACUUGUCGCCUGCAUUACAAGCUGAUUAUGAGCAGAUUAUACAGGCAAUUGCCGUCUACAUAUCUAUUCAACGAGAUUUAAACAUUUUAUUGGACGUCCAAGCAGAUCGUAAUGCCAAAAAGAAGGCUCUGGAAAAGAUAGCCAGAGAUUCUGUAUCGAGAUCACAAGGACUAGAUCCACUACUCGCUCGGAAACUAUUGAUGGAUGUAUCUUCUGCUCUGAUUCGCAGUCUCUACGACUCAAUAGAAAAAGUGAGAGAACUCGCUGUUGAUACUCUGAAAAGAUUCGUGGAGGCUUGCGGCACUCUCACUUCAAAUCACAUAGAAACACUACUCCCUCCAGUCCUACAUCGCCUGUCACCACAGCAAUCAACGAUCCCAACCCCAACUGAACCAUCAGAAGAAACACGUCUGAGUCUCAUACGACUGGCAAUAUCUAUUGUACAAUCAUCACCUGUAUUGAUGGCUCCCUUUUUACCUGCAUUGUCAGUUGCAGCAGUCGCAGCACUACAUGAUUCAUAUGCUGAAGUCAAGAAGGAAGGGUGUAGACUCGUACAGGUCAUGUGGACGGAAGCUGCUAGGUUUGUGAGAGGAAAUUCUAGUGCAGCUGUUGCUAAAGCUAUUGUGGUUGGAGUCUUGUCGCAUCGGCAUUCUGGUGUUAGGAUUGCUGGCAUUCGGGCUCUAAAAUGUGUAAUUAUAGCAGACGCAACCGUCCUCGACGAAUCACUUGACGCCCUCAUGACACUGACACUAGACAAGGCGUCCUCUGUACGUGAAGCACUAUACGAAGCUGCCAUAGAAUGGGCUCUACAUCUAGACGACCGAUACUCGUUCGGCUAUAAAUUCUACCCAAUCAUAUUAGCUGGCUGCUCUGACGAAGUGCCCAAACUAGCGGAAUUGUGCUGGACGGGUGUAGAUGAUAUUGGGAUCCAGUAUGAACACGAUUGGGAAGAUCGUGUUAAAGAUGAAAUGGAGUAUGACUUGUCGACGACGAGUAAUACGACUAGUGUGACGCCCCAACGUCGUAUACGAGUAGGAUCUCGCCACGCAUUCAAAGACCACUCGAUGAAAAUGGUGGACAAGUUUGCUCAGGGUCUAAUACACUGGACUCCUGACACACGAGCCAAAACAGCUCAAAUCCUAGCUGUCUAUUUACGUAUCGUGCAGCAACAUGCUACCGGCUAUGUCAACAUCCUGUUACCACCAUUAUGUCGUAUAUGCUCAUCAGAUGAAUCCUGGGUCAUUCAACACGCUGUCUCGUGUGCUGAAUUGAUUGGAUGUUUUAUAACAUCGGAUGUAUAUUUGCCACAUAUUGUAGGGCCCAUUAAAGUCGCUCCGACGUCUUCUGCACGGUUGGGUAAUUUAAGAGUUUUGAGUGGGUUGAUUCGAGGUGCUUCUGUGCCAAAGAAUAUAGAGAGGAAAGAGUUAAAGAAGCUUGUUGAGGCUGUUACCGAUGUCGAGUUUUCGUUGACUGAGAGUGUGCCUGUUGUAUCUGCUAUUGGGGAUUGUCUUGUUGAAAUAAGUGGGCAAGUGACCUUGAGUAAUAGUAAUAGUGGCAGUAAUAGUGGUGUGGGAGAGUUUGAGACUUUGUUGGGAUGUGUUAUUGUAUCUACCACUCCUGGUGAUGAACGAUUAUUGGGGUGGAGUGACUUACCCAAAAAGGCAAAUGUGGCCAUGUCGAAGCUGGUUGAAUUGCAUCACUUCUCUAGAACCACUGAAUUAUUUGCACUACACCUGCCAACAUCCUUGUCAUGGCUUAUCAAUGCGUCAAGAGUAUGGACUCGACAUACUCCCGAACGUCGAUUAUUGUCACCAUUAAUCUCUGAAUCUGGUUCUGCUAUUGGAAAUCACUUGGAACAGUUUGUUGUGCUAGUAUGCGAUUUAUGUACCAAGGAACGGGAUGGUGAUAUCCGUGUCAGUGUAUUCGCACUCCUCCACAAUUUAAUCACAUCCGGAUAUCUGAAUUCAUCCAAUACCUGUGUUCAAUACACGCCCAAAAUAAUAACCCAAGCUAUCCUACCAUCAGUCAUAUGGAGACCUGGUCGUGAUGCUGCUUUUAUUCGUGGUCGAGGAUUACAAGUGCUUGUUGCAUUCAUCUUGUCUGAUCUUGUGCUAAAGAGUGAUUUGGAUGAGAUCUUUGAGGUAGCGUUAUCGCCUGCUUUUGUUGGGUGUAUUGAUGACGAUGAUGUGGGCUCGAGGAAGGGGUGUUUGCAGGCUUUGUGUAGAAUUUUGGAGGGUGGGGUCGUCAUGAGUGAUGCCGUAUACAAGAGCCUAUACCCAGAACUCAUUAAAAGACUAGAUGAUGCACAGGACGUGAUUCGGAUAGAAGCAUGUCGUACUUUGAUUGCCUUUUAUCACCAUGUUCGUGCCAAUUGGGAUGCGAAUGGCAGUAAACUUGAUGGUGAAGCAUGGAAUGGAAUGAUUAAGAGUAUUACUGUGCAUGUUGAUGAUGUUAACCCUUCUGUUCAGGAGGCAGCGUUAGAAGCUCUAAAAGCAUGUGCUGUAUUGGCGCCCCGUGAAGCAACUAUAGCUGAGAUUGAGAGUGUGAGAAGUAGACAUCGGUCACCGAAAUAUUUAGAUGUUGUGCUUGGAAUUUUGCGAAACUGA